AUGUUUCUUUCACGCCUCCUUCUCCCCUAUGGCUGUCUCUUCGCCGUUGUAACUUCUCAAGACCCGUCGGCUAUCAUCCUCUUGACUGGGGCAUCUGGACAGCAAUCUCCAUCUCCCACGGGAGAAUACCUUUCAUACCCUUCGACCAUAACCCUCUCUUCGACCUCGAUAUCCGCUAUCACCACAUCUGCUAUUGUAUCAACGAUAACGAGCGGCUCUUCCACCCGGACCACAACUUUGGGAUCAACAACGCUCUUUGGGAUUGGAACGAGCAUAGUCGUGAGCAAUGGCACAGAACCCGGCAGUAAAUCGACGUCAACAGAAAAUUCCCAAACUUUCCUUACGGGAAGACCACCCUCCACGGUUACUGCAAACGGUACCAUGAACGGAACCGCCAGCUCGACCGCCGGCGUACCCACAGCUACGAACACCACGCCCUGCAACAACUACCCGGAAUUCUGCUCCCGAAAGUACGGCAACAUCACCGAAGUCUCGGCCCACAACUCCCCGUUCAUGAAGCCCGGGAACGCAGCUUCCAACCAGGCCUUGGACGUAACUACGCAACUGAACGAUGGAAUCCGCCUGCUCCAAGGACAAAUGCAUUUCGUCAACUCGACUCCCCAUUUCUGCCACAGCUCCUGCGAAGUCCUCGACGCCGGUCCCAUCACAGAGUACCUAGGCAAAGUCUACGACUGGGUCUCUUCGCAUCCCUACGAUGUCGUGACACUGCUCUUGGGAAACGGCGCCUACAACGCCGUAACCACCUACCAGCCCUUCGUCGAGCAAACCGGGCUCCAGGACUUAGCAUACGUGCCUGCCAAGAUCCCCAUGGGUAUCGACGACUGGCCGACCCUCGCAUCCAUGAUCUUAGGCGGCAAGCGCGUCGUCAUCUUCAUGGAUUACGAGGCCAACCAGACUGCCGUGCCAUACAUCUUGGAUCAGUUCUCCCAGAUGUUCGAGACGCCUUUCGAUCCGACGGACCGCAACUUCCCUUGCACCGCCGACCGACCCCCGGACCUCAACGAGGCCGACGCCAAGAACCGGCUGUACCUGUUCAACCACAACCUGAACUACGACAUCAAUCUGCUGGGCACCAGUAUCCUGGUCCCGCAGAUCCCGUUGCUGAACGUGACGAACGGCGUCAGCGGAACGGGCGCGCUGGGGACUAGCACCCAGGGAUGUGUCGAGAAGUGGAACUACCCGCCCAAGUUCCUGAACGUUGAUUAUUACAACGUCGGGAGCUUCGGCGACGACGGAAAGAACGGUAGCGUGUUUGAGGUCGCGGCCAUGUUCAACAACGUCACGUACAAUAGGGAGUGCUGUGGAGUCGCGAUCAGUGCUGCGAUGGGUAUCAGCGAGUUGGUGGGACGCACGGCGUGGCUGGCUGCGGUUUGCGUGGUGGGUGUCAGCUGGUUGAUGCUAUAA